AUGGCCGAAGCACUGUUGUUUCUCCGCAUCAUCAAAACCAUCAUAGGCCUGCUGGGUGUGUUCAACAAUGGCCUGGUCAUCGUAGUCAUAGCUAAGGUAGAGUUCAUGCACUCUAAGACCAAUGCAUUCAUUUUCCAUCAGGCUGUCAUCGAUUUUUUCGGAUCACUGUUGCUAUUUCUCCAGAGCAACAUUCCCAACCCUGCUCCUGUGCCUGAGACGACAGCCGGUCAGCUACUUUGCCGUGUUUGGAUUGGUGAUGCGUUACUGUGGCUUCUCUUCGUCACUUCAACGUUCAACUUACUGGGGUUGACCGUAGAGCGAUACGUAGCCAUCGUCUUUCCGCUCCGUUACUAUAGCUUCUUCAGCCGACGCCCCACCACCGCAAUAAUGAUUUCAAGUUGGGUAAUUGGGCUGAUCCUCAAGUCCUACUCCUUUAUCAUCUACAACAUUGUUGACGGUGUCUGUCAGUUCCAGCGCGUUUCUGUUUCCCACGUCAUGGGUCCUCUCCUAAUCUGUCUGCAGUACUUCAUCCCAGCUGGAAUGAUGUUGUUCUUUUACAUCCACAUCACCAUCUCUUUGAAGCGGUGUGCAUUGCGGGUUGCUCCGCCACCAGCUUUUCUCACUAAGCCCGGCCCAUCCGCUGCAUCGACGUCCACAGGCACCACUGGAAUGAAAAAGACGUGCCCCUCAGACUCCAUCAAUUUGUGCACCUCCGGUGCAUCCAAUACUUUCGAAGAUAAAGCAGUGCGCCCCAUCAACUACGCCGUCAACGACCAGCAAGAUUCUCUCCUUAGGGCCCGCCGUAACACUUUCAAGACACUCGUCAUUGUUUUCGUCGUUUUCUUGGUUUGCUGGAGCCCAAGCCAAAUAACCUUCUUCAUGUUCAAUCUGGGCUGGCUUAAGUUGGACUUCUCAGGUCCCUUGAAUGUGUUCAGUACGUUCAUGGUGGCCGCUAACUGCUGUGUCAACCCAAUCAUUUAUGGCAUCAAGUACAAGCAGUUCCAGCGAGGCGUUCGGUACCUCUUUUGUGGUCGCAGAGGACAUGAGGAGCUACCAAGACCUUGA